UAAAUCAUUUCUAUAUUUCGUAUCACGAUUUACGUGCAGUUUCAUCAAACUUGCCUGAUUAGUUCCCCAGUUAGUUCGUCCAACUGUCUGAUCAAAUCUUUAGCUUCAGUCACUUAAUAAACUUGCCUGAAAAAACUCACGAUCUACUAUCUACAUUCUAUCUUCAAAUUAGUAGCUUCAGCCUUCCGCAUCCAAGAUCUCGACACCACUUUCAAUUUUGGUGAGAAAUCUCCAUAUUUACACUUUUAUCAAAGUAGAGUAGUUUAACAGAUUUCCUGCAAUUUCUAGCUAAAGUUUGUAUUUUUUAUCUAAUUUUGUGUGAAGGAAUGCAAGACUAGGGUUUCUUGAGUGUUUUUCACUUUGAUUAGCUAUAAUUCUGUUGUUUGGUUCCAAGAAAGGUUAGGGUUUAGAUAUAGCAUUUGCUGAUGUAAGUUAAUUCAUUCAUUUGGGGAUAUAUUUGUUUGGUCGAUCUUCUUGGAAAUGGCUUAUCGUCGUGAGAAUCGAGUAUCUAGUGGCGAUGUGGUUGAUGUUCUAUCUGGGAGCUCUCGGAAUCCUGUCAAUGAGAGUUGGGAAUCCGAUCAAGCAGUUUGGGCCACGGAGGAUGAAUAUGGGAUGUGGAAUGGAGAAGCCUCUUUUGACACCAAUUCAAACUCGAGCUACGAUGGGGCUUGUGCAGGAAGUGAGCCACCGAGUAAGAGAUCAAGGGGUUCCAAUACAGGAGACGGGGCAGCUUCUAACCGCUCGAAGGCCAUUGGAAAGAUGUUUUACAAAACUAAACUGUGUUGCAAAUUCCGGGCAGGGACUUGUCCGUAUGUCACCAAUUGUAAUUUCGCGCACAGUGUUGAGGAGCUCAGGAAACCACCUGAUAAUUGGCAAGAAAUUGUGGCCGCACAUGAGGAGGAACGAGCAUCAUCAUCUGAGCCGAGGGAGGAGUUUCAGAUCCCUAUUGUUGGGGUCAGUGAUGAGACGCAGAGGUCUUAUAAAGGAAGGCACUGCAAGAAGUUCUACACUGAGGAAGGAUGCCCUUAUGGGGAGAACUGCACUUUCCUUCAUGAUGAGCAGUCCAAGGCCCGAGAAAGUGUGGCUAUAAGCUUGGGCCCGGGCAGUGGCAAUGGAAACUGCAACACCAAUGGCAAUGGUGGUGGCAGUGCGAGUGGACCAACCUUGAAGCCAUCGAAUUGGAAAACGAGGAUUUGUAACAAAUGGGAGCUUACUGGAUACUGCCCUUUUGGAAGCAAAUGCCACUUUGCUCAUGGUGCUGCAGAACUACACAACUACAGUGGCGGGCCAACUGACUUGGAAGCUAAAAAUCUGUCAACUCCCGAUGCCAAACAACCGGUGAGAACACCGGCUGAUAGUUUCGUUGCAGCUCUUCCUCAUGCCGAAGGCUAUCAUUUGGGAAUCCGGCCCCAGAGACUGUCCAACACGAUACAGAGAAGUGGACAGAGACCUAAUCAGAAAUGGAAAGGCCCAGAUAAGAUUAGCAAGAUAUAUGGUGACUGGAUCGAUGACCUCUAGUGGACAGAUGGUGGUUUCUUCACUUAAUAAAGGUGUUAUAAGAAGAAACGAGCGGCUUUGUCGCGUCUUUGUUGUUGUAUCGGAUGUUACUCUGUAGAAUAAGAAGAGCAUGUGUGGGGUGUUCGUCGUCGCUGACUGAAUGUCUUUGCCGGUUUUUGUAUGUUGUAACAUUUUUGCCUUUCAUACUGUAACAAAAUUGUGUUUCUGAACAUGUUAAUUUGUUGGAAAUUUUCCA